AUGGAUCCUCACACCAAGGAACUGGUCUAUCUGGGCAUUCACCCUGAACAGCUGCGCCUCGAGCCCUACUACUUCCUCAAGUACAGUGUCGCAAAGACAGUCAAGGCGUACUGGGAAGCCCACAAGCAACUCGCAAAGCGACAGUCGAUCCCUCCCCCACCACUCCGCCGAGUCGGCAAUCUCCCUCCCUCCUCAGGACACAACCGUAACUUGGAGGUCGCGAACAUCCUCGACUACCACUCCUUUGCCUACGAGCGCCACGAGCUCUUCUCGUGCGGAAAUCCAACAUGCCAACAACAUAUGCGGUGCGGGAUGGGGGCGAUGCCAAAACGAAGAAACAAAGCAUGGCAGAUCUUAAGCUUAGACGGCUUCAAGAGCUCAACUCAAGGCUGA